UCCUGAAUCCUUGGAGACUGACAUUUUACCCCCCGAAAGGCCUAGACAACAAAAGACAUUUUAUUUGGAGCAAAACAAGAGUUCUUAAACUACAAAGAUGUUUGCCAGAAAGUCUGAGCUCCACGUUCUGCUGUUCAUGGUUCUGGCGGCAAAGACAGCCUUCGGGUUCUCCCUCCUGUCUCUACUCACAGACCUGGACCCAGAUUGGACUCCUGAAAACUAUGAGUACAGUUAUGAGAAUUACAACCAGGAGGAGAACAGCAGUGCUCCUGCCCACCACGAGAAUCCUGACUGGUACUACACAGAAGACGAUCCGUGCCUGUCCAACCCCUGUGCCCAUGGUGGUGACUGCCUCGUCAGCGGGGACACCUUCACGUGCAGCUGUCCGGCCCCUUACUCUGGAAACAGGUGUCAGAAGGUACAAAACAAGUGCAAGAACAAACCAUGUGGCCGGGGAGAGUGUCUCAUCACUCAGAGUCCUCCUUACUACCGCUGUGCCUGUAAACACCCUUACAGGGGUCCAGACUGCUCCACAGUGGUUCCUGUGUGCAGGCCAAACCCCUGCCAAAAUGGUGGCACCUGCUCCCGGCACAGGAGAAGAUCCAAGUUCACCUGCACCUGUCCUGACCAGUUUAAGGGGAGAUUCUGUGAAAUAGGUUCUGAUGACUGCUAUGUUGGUGACGGCUACUCUUACCGAGGGGAAGUGAGUAAAACUGUCAACCAGCACACGUGCCUUUACUGGAACUCCCACCUCCUCUUGCAGGAGAAUUACAACAUGUUUAUGGAGGAUGCUGAGGCCCAUGGGAUUGGGGAGCACAACUUCUGCAGAAACCCAGAUGGAGACAGAAAGCCCUGGUGUUUCAUUAAAGUGAGCAGUGCCAAGGUGAAAUGGGAGUACUGUGACGUCCCUGCCUGCUCAGCCCCAGAGGGAAGCCCCAUAGAACCUGUGACCGAGCUUCCCGGGUUUGACUCGUGUGGGAGGACAGAGACAGCAGAAAGGAAGUUCAAGAGGAUCUACGGAGGCUUUAAGAGCACGGCGGGCAAGCACCCGUGGCAGGCGUCCCUACAGACCUCCUUGCAUCUGACCGUCUCCAUGCCCCAGGGCCACUUCUGUGGGGGGGCGCUGAUCCACCCCUGCUGGGUGCUGACCGCUGCCCAUUGCACCGACAUAAAAGCCAAAUAUCUAAAAGUAGUGCUUGGGGACCAGGACCUGAAGAAGACGGAACUGCACGAGCAGAGCUUUGGGGUAGAGAAGAUAUUCAAGCACAGCCGGUACAGGGAAAAAGAUGAUAUUCCCUACAACGACAUUGCUCUGCUCAAGCUGAAGCCAGUGGACGGUCACUGCGCUCUGGAAUCCAAAUACGUGAAAACUGUAUGUUUGCCCGACAGUCCCUUUCCCUCUGGGACUGAGUGCUACAUCUCCGGCUGGGGUGUCACCGAAACAGGAGAAGGGUCCCGCCAGCUCCUGGAUGCCAAAGUCAAGUUGAUCAGCAAUGCUGUGUGCAACUCCCGCCGGCUCUAUGACCACAUGCUCGAUGACAACAUGAUCUGUGCCGGAAACCUCCAGAAGCCUGGGCAAGACUCCUGCCAGGGUGACUCUGGAGGCCCCCUGACCUGUGAGAAGGAUGAUGCCUACUACGUGUAUGGGAUAGUGAGCUGGGGCCUGGAGUGUGGGAAGAAGCCAGGGGUGUACACCCAAGUGACCACAUUCCUGAAUUGGAUCAGAGCCACCAUGGAAAGGGAGGCCAGCUUCUAGGGGGUCUUCCGAAGCUCACGGCCCCUCCUCGAUAAUACUCAGAUCAGGUGAGGCCUCGUGGGCAGUGGCGGGCACCCCGUGGAGCCUCUGGGUGACUACGUUCUAAGCAGAGACCACUGGUGGCCAGCAGGGGACCAGCAUGUCCGCCACUUCCUCAGGCUCCCGCUGGGAAAGCUAGACAUGAAUCAACCUGAAAUAUAGGAUGUUUGCUUCCCUUUGCACACCUGUACCUUCUAGAAAAUCAGUGUUCACAGACUGCCUUCACCUUGGACAUGUGCAAAUGCGAGACUUCCGAGGCUCAGCGUUGGUGGCGGCCACCUUUCCAUCUUUAUUCCUCAUCCCAGACACUCAGCACGCAUGCAACAGAGCCGGCAUCCAACUUGUGGGUAUUCGACAGGGACCAAAACACACUUCUCCACCCGCUUUCCGAAAUGUUAUUUUAAUAAAGGGGGCUGGGGGGGAAGGGCCGCUGAGCCCUUUUCACAGUUGCCCCAACUGAAGUCAUGCCUCUGGCGUGCAAAUUUCCUCUCCAGCUUCACUCCCAAGAAUCCUGGGUGGAUGCUGCCCACUCACAAUGGCAAGGCCCUCCUCCUUUUGACGUGCAGAAUCUCGGUGGCAUCUGGGUUCACGUCCCCCCUCUGAUUAUCACCAGUCUCCACAGCCUCCGGCCCCCCCUGCAGAAACCAAACACACCCUCCUGAGUUAAGACGAAGCUCCGGCCCUGCUCCUACAGGACAAGCUGUCUCCGAUGGAUGUUCACCUGUUCACCUUCCCCUUCCUUUUGCCCUCCUCCACCCUCCCCAAGAAAAAGGCUCCUCAAGGCAAGAAAGAGAAAGAAGACAAGCCCAUCUCUCGUUUAGACGUGGUGUCUUUCUUCUGAACAAAGUACGGUUCAAAACCCAGACUGCUGUAGCCAGCAAGUCCCUGACCCCUUCCGCGAAUGUAACGAGCAGGCGGUCAGCACAGCCUGGGCUGCCUCGGCCCGGAUUGAUGUCACCCCAGCAUGUCUGUCUCCGAAGAACUAAUGGCUGCGACUUCAGAAAAACCCUGCAGGAAGUUUAACCCGGGUGUCAUCCGCCUGGUCAUCUCAGGCCCAGGAAAUUAGGCGCCUUGCCUGAGCUGCCUUUCACACAUCUUUAGAGCCAGCUGACCUUUGGCCAAAAAUAAAGUUUGAAAAGAAACAAUGA